AGUUGAUAUUCAGCUCUGAAUCGUUCAACAUUUCCGUGAAAAACGUGAUCGAAAAUUGACAAACCAUGGCUUUCGCUUUGAGUAAAAUCGCUAAAUUUGUGAAUAAAAAUGCUUUUGUGACACCAUUGUCCUCAAUCAUCUCAUCGAAAAAUUAUUCUACUGGUUCACGCGUUGAAGUAGCGAAACCUGUGGUUGAUAUGGAUGGUGAUGAGAUGACAAGAAUUAUCUGGCAGUUCAUUAAAGACAAAUUGAUCUUUCCAUACGUCAAAGUUGAAGCAUUAUAUUACGACUUAGGACUACCAUAUCGUGAUCAAACAAACGACCAGGUUACCAUCGAUGCAGCUCAUGCCAUCUUAAAACACAAUGUUGGCAUCAAAUGCGCAACUAUUACACCUGAUGAACAAAGAGUUGAAGAAUUCAAAUUGAAGCAAAUGUGGUUGUCACCAAACGGAACAAUUCGUAACAUUUUGGGUGGAACUGUUUUCCGUGAACCUAUUCUGUGCAAAAAUAUUCCACGUUUAGUGCCAGGAUGGACAAAUCCCAUUGUUAUUGGUCGUCAUGCAUUUGGUGAUCAAUAUCGUGCUAAAGACAUGGUCAUCAGUCGUCCCGGAACAAUUUCAAUUGUUUUCAAAGGUGAAGAUGGAGUAACAGACACGACUGAAGUCUUCAACUUCCAAAACGGUGGCGUUUUCAUGGGAAUGUACAACACCGAUGAUUCAAUUGCAUCAUUUGCACAUUCUUCAUUCCAAGUUGCUUUGGCAAAAGGAUGGCCAUUGUACAUGUCGACAAAGAACACGAUUCUCAAGCGUUAUGAUGGACGAUUCAAAGAUAUCUUCCAAGAAAUUUUCGAAAGCACAUACAAAAAGCAAUUUGAUGAGAAAAAAAUUUGGUAUGAACAUCGUUUAAUUGAUGACAUGGUCGCACAAGCGCUUAAAUCAAGUGGACAAUUUGUAUGGGCUUGUAAGAAUUAUGACGGUGAUGUGCAAUCUGAUAUUAUCGCUCAAGGAUAUGGAUCACUUGGAUUAAUGACAUCAGUUUUAAUGUGUCCCGAUGGAAAGACAAUUGAAUCUGAAGCUGCACAUGGAACUGUCACACGACAUUACAGACAACAUCAACAAGGAAAAUCAACAUCAACAAAUCCAAUUGCUUCAAUCUUUGCAUGGACGCGAGGUCUGGAACAUCGCGCAAAAUUGGACAACAACAAUGAUUUAGCACGUUUUGCACUUGCACUCGAGAAAUCUUGUAUUGACACAGUUGAAUCAGGAAAAAUGACAAAAGAUUUAGCUGGAUGUAUUCAUGGUCUCCCAAAUGUCAAAGAAGGAAUGUUCCUUAAUACCGAAGACUUUUUGGAAGCCAUCUCUGAACAGCUUAACCGAUCAUGGAAGAAAAGCUUUUCCAGUUCUACUCUUCCUGGAGAUACGACAAGACAUGAUAGAAGUGGAAAUUUGUGCACGUUACCUAUGAAAUACAUUUCAAAUGUCUCAAAAGUUCAAUCGUAUCCUGAGAUUGAUAUCAGUAAAGAAAUCUUCAAUUCACAUAUCUCCCGUCAAGACCACGUUAUUCUUCCUGUGGAUGAGUCGAUUUUAAAAAAGUUUUCCCGAAUCUUCUUCGAGGAAGGAAUUGAAGCUUCUCUGAAAGUUCUCAAGGAAUCUAAUUCAACUUUCAUUAGUUCAAUUUCGAAAGGAGUCUUAAAAUUCCUCAACAUUGGACAUAAAGUGAAUCUCUUCUUCAAUCCACAUUUGAAAGAAACUGGAAUAGAAGCUUUUGAGAAACAUUAUUCACAAACUCGCCAAUGGAAAAACUCAGCAAUUAGAUACAUAAGCUGGAAUUCCUUAUGCUUCAAGCUUGCAAUUGCAGCUGUUGAUGACUCCAUCCGAAUUUACACAGAUGAAGAACAUUCUAUUGUUUUCUUAUUGAAGAAUGGACUUCAAAAAUCAAUAACUUCGAUGUCUUGGCGACCUUUAUCUCCAUCACAACUUGCAGUUGGAUGUGAAAGUGGCUUUCUUGUAUGGACUAUUGAUCCAAACUCUUAUAUCACAAGACCAUUAUCGCAAGCAGCCCACUUUAAGCAUGGAAAUCAUUUCCCAGUGACAAGUCUUGAAUGGAAUUUAAAUGGUUCACUUUUGGCAACUGCAAGUAUGAAAGAUUCUUCAAUUUUGAUUUGGGAUGUCGAGAGAAAUAAUUGCACACCUUUACGACGAACAUUGCCGCCUUAUCUUCAUCUGCAAUGGUCGUUAAAUGGCGCAUAUCUCUUCUCAUCUUCUGUUGGAAAUGUUUUCCGUGUUUGGAAUUGUGAAAGUUGGAAAGCUGAUCGUUGGACAAUCGCGUCAGGUCAUGUUCAAUCAUUUAGCUGGUCUCCUUGUGCUCGGUUCCUUCUUUUCGUCACUUCCGAUGAUCCAAUUUUAUAUUCACUUGGAUUUGCUGAUGAAGUUUUAUUCAAUGAGAGUCAAAGUCAAGUUGCACCACAACAAGCACUUCCCGUCGCUGAUCUAAGCAAAAUCAAUAUCGACGACACAGACAUUGGUGGGAUUGCGCAACAACUCGCAUGGAAUGGAAGAUAUCUUGCAGUCACUUUCAAAGAUACCAACGCAAUUGCAAUCUUUCAAACUUCUAUUCGACGACAUCAACUUAACAUUAUCCCACUUUGUCUCAUUUCUGGAAUUGGAAUUGAAUUUCCAUCUUUCAUUACAUUUCAACCAUUUUAUAAACAAACAGAAAACAUUUUGACAAUUGGAUGGUCGAGCGGUCGAAUGCAAUUCUUUCCUUUUGUUAAUAUUUAAAGUUUUGCUGUUUAAAUAAAUAAAAAUCACAAAUUUCAUACAAAUCAAAUAUUUUUUAUUGCUAGAAUUUCUUUUCUAAUUUUACUUUGAACUUCAAGUGGAAACUGAGUGACUUCAGAAUGAGCGCAUGAAUAACAGAAGGUACUUUUAUAGAACAAACUACAAUCUUUACAAACAACUGAAUUGCACAUUACGCAAUGACUUCCGAGAACGAUGAAAUAUUCUGUGAAGGAUCUUGUGCCAUUUCGCGUGGGUGGAGCUGUAAAUGGAUCUUUCAUGACGUAACUGUCUUCAACCAAUUCAAUGUUUCUGAUGAAUGUUGGAGAUUUCCCAAAGUAAUCAACCAUUUCUGACAUUGAACAGGUGCUGCAUUGAAACUUUAUUUUUUCUGGUUCGUCUUCUUUGGUUUUCUCAUCAAUUUUAUCUUUUCUGUAAGAUUUUGUAUCUUCCUCGAUCUUCACAGCUUCAAGACUCAUCUACGAAUAUUUUUUAAAUAAGAAAAUUAUGUUCUCGUUAUUCGUGGAGUUUUUUCAGCUUCCACAGGCCACCAAGAUGGUCUUUCAGUUCGACACUUGUUUUCGUUAAGAGAAAGUUGCUUUGCAGCCAUCACCUGUUCAAUUCUUAACAAACCCAAUCCAUACUGACCAACAAUAUUGCGUAUUUUUCCAACAGAUUUAUUCUCCUCAUCUUUAACAUCAUUAACUUCAUCAGC